AUGUUCAGAGUUCUUUUGGUGCUCGUUUUGGCGCAUUACUCCAUUUGUGCGUUUUUCGAUUUAACCGACGUAGACGAUCCGCUAUCGUUACUGUGGAACAACCGUCCAACGUUUGGUAAACAACGCAGCGAAUGUACGACAAACACACCGGUCGGUUUGAAGCACGGCGUGUGCCAAAAUCCGAGUCUUUGUAUGUUAUCCGGCGGUAAACCGAAUGGAAUUUGCGGGGUCCUAUCGACAUGCUGCACCUACGAGAGCAGUUGCGGCAAAGUGACUAGCCAAAAAGUAUCGUACUUCCAGAGGUCGAAUGUCGAUCAAAACAGUCGCGAGUGCAAAUAUGAGGUGGUUUUGUUGAAUCCAAACGUUUGUCAAGUGAGAUUGGAUUUUGAGCAUUUUAAUUUGGCGCCGGCAAUUGAACGGGGUAACGCGUCCAGAUGCGACUCCGAUAGACUUUUAAUUUACCCCAAUAUUUACAAUAUACCGGAGCUGUGCGGCAACAACGACAACCAGCACGUUUACGUCCACAUAAAUCAGACGACUGGUACCAAAAAGUUGGUUUUGGAUAUGAUAACGUUGUCGAACAAGUCGCCCAGUUGGAAGAUUAAAAUCACUCAGUUGGAGUGUCCAGGAAUUUUGAACACGGAUGAUAUGGCUUCUGAUUUUAAUUUACUAGCACCAUUGGGGGCAAUACAGUACCAUACAAAUGUGAAUGGUGAACUAAAAUCGUUCGGCUAUGACACAAAUAGGAACUUGAAUUCUUAUACCAGCAACGAGAAUUACGCGAUUGCCUUUAAACGGACUGCCUCGGUGUGCGGAAUCAAGUUCCGCAUUAAUUAUUUCAAUUUACCAGAUGAUAAUUCGACGGAAAUAAAAGACAAAAUGUGCACAUCCGAUUAUUUAUUUAUUCCGUACAUUCAGUUCUUGGGCACCACACAUGAUGUAAUAGCAAAAUUGUGUUCCAACAAAUAUGAGAAAGAUGAAACAUUUGUAUCUCAAUCGCCCGGACCUUUAACAGUGUAUUUUAAAAGUUCUCCCAACUUCGUCAGAGCGAACGGAACUGGGCCAAAUGCUUUUUAUAUCACUUAUGAGAUGUUAACGUUCUGCAAUUAAUUUUCUAUAAUAUUUAUUUAUUUAUUUCACAACACUUACUAAUAAAUUGUA